AUGGAUUUGCGCACGAUCAUGAACACCGACGGCGGCGCCAACCCUCCACCUCCCAGCAACUCGGCCAGCUCGCCCAUUUCCGAUCAAACUUCUCAGAAACGCGCGAAGAAGUCUGCCUCCUACUCUGAGUAUUCUUCACAACCAACCCAGCCCCCUCCAUUGCAGCACCCGCAUCACGCUUCGCCAGAACGAAGCUCAUCUUACGCAUCCGUUCAAUCGCCAUACCACUUCAACUCGGGCCCAACAAUCAAUACUACAGCGAACUCUCAGCGAAGCUCAACACCUCCACAGGCUUCGAUCCCGUACGGCUCUGGCUCGCGUGAUCCAUUUGGCGCGCCGGCAUACGGGUCGCAUCCUCAGCACCCGAGUGCUCCCCUUGUCUCACCCUAUACACCACAAGCAACCAGCGCGGGACCGCAUCACCCGGAACAGCAGACUUAUUUCGCUCAGCAGCGAUCCCAGCAGCGCUCUCAAUCCCUUCAAUCGGUAGUGACAAACCCCCGAGGCCCACCCGAGUCGUUCCGCAGCCCCCCUGCUGCAUCACAACCUCUCCCACAACAUUUCUCACCAUCUGCCCAUCAAGCCGUCCCAGGGACUCCUUUAGGCCCUCCUCCUGCUUUUGCCUCUCGUCAAUCACCGUCGACGAUUCGCCCGCCUUCCUCGGGGCUCGAUGGACACGAUUCUCCGCGCAAUCCCCUUUCCAGUCCAAGACUCGUUCAGGAGAGCCUGAGACGCGACCACAUACACGCUCAACCUCUUGUGACUCAAACCCAAUUCUCUCCUCAAAGCUCUCGACACUCCGAGACCACGCCUCACCCUUCCUCCGCCCUCAAACAAGAUUCGCUCGAGAGUGCGAGUCCGCAUACAGCCUCGCGUCACAACAGCAUCGCCGCAAUAUCAGACCCAGUACCACCCGCUUCCAUUCGCUCCUCUGAGGAUCGAGUGUUCUUAGAGAGCCCUACGACACAAAAGCCGAGCACGGCAGGCUCCGAAUUCUCCACCUCCCCUAUCGUGCCGGCGAGUCAGGUGAACAGUUCCCCCUCAACUGCAAUCACCCGAGGCGCACAUCCACUGAAAAUGGAAGUGGAUCACGAGCCUCAUAUCGAGGCACAACAGCCCAGACAGAAGCGAAGACGGUACAAUGAGCCUCCGAUUUUCGCUCAGCGGACGGCUCGCACCAAAGGCCGAUGCCCAAUUAUCCCCAACCCGCUUCCCCCAAUUCCAAAAGACGCUCGGCAGUCACAAUUGGAAUCAUGGGCUGGGGCCGCUCGCCGAAGAUCCUCUUCCACAAUGGCUGCUGCACCUACUGCAAGAGUCAACCGACCACCCACUGUGCCUUCACCUAGAACCAGUGUGCCCCCCGCGACGACUCCUUCGGUUCCACAGACGGCCAGUGUGCAAGCACCAGGCUCAGUAGGGCCGCUGGGCCCUUGGGAACCGUCCAUCACCGGUGUCAUCCCUUACGAGGAGAUCACCAGAACUCUUGGCGAUUUCUUAUUCAAGCAUGUAGUGAUGAGAACCGAUGUGAACGCGGGAGAUGCAGGCUCUGUGGGACAAGGAACUGUCAUUGAAAUCGAGGCAAAGUUGGGUCACGUCAUUGACAUGGACAGUCGAGAUCGAAUCCAACUUCCUGUCUUGACUGAGAGCGUGAUCAACAAGGAGAACGGACGGUUCCGGACUUCUUUCGAGAGCAAAAUGACUGUUGAACAACACCGAGCCAUGAACAACUUCCUCAAUGACACCGUCAAAGCGUCACUCCCCCAACAAAACCCAUCCCGUAUCCCCCUCGCCUAUGUGCACACGAAAGAACGCGACACAUUCUACGAGAUCCAACCCGCAGAGCUCCCACCGAUCAUCCGCCAGAAUCUGAACCCGAGACACAAACCCAAGGUUCGAGUAACAACCGACCAGCGAACGGGAGAAGUUCUGGCCAAGAUCGUCAAAUGUCGAGUGGCCGAUUUAGAUGUUUGCAGUCCACGAACCACAGUUGAUUGGCGCGUCAGCGUCAACCUCGAAAUGGAGUACACCGGCGACAUCAGCAAUCUCCCCGUGAUAGAUCCCGCAGUUACAAAAGGCGGACGAGGCGAUCGUAACAAAGAUCGCAUGAGCUACCGCCACUUGGCAUACCAGGUUGACUUGACCCAAGUGGCCAAGAGCGAUCAACCGGGUAGAAACGAGUUCGAGCAUGAACUUGAAAUUGAGAUGUCGGCCGCUGAGCUCCGCCGCCAGGGUCAGCUCGCUAUCGCGGGUGACCCGCAGAACCAGUAUGAGGACCUUGUCAAGGGCUUCGUGGAUAAUAUUCGCGUGCUGGCAAGAGCUGUCCCCCAAUGA